AUGACUUCCCAAACCCCGGCCGUUGUCAUGGACAACGGUACUGGAUACUCAAAGAUUGGUUUCGCGGGAAAUGACUCUCCUUCCUUCGUCUUUCCUACUGCAAUUGCAACGAAGGCGUCUGCAGGUGGCGGAAGCUCUUCUGGACGACCGGCUGUUGCGAGCAAGCCUUCUUUCUUGUCUAGCGGUGGUGGCAGCUCAGGCUCCCAUCUGUCUGCCAAACGGGGAACGGAAGAUCUGGACUUCUUUAUUGGCGAUGAGGCCCUUGCAGCCGCCAGUGGGCCAGGCUAUGGCCUUCACUAUCCAAUCCGCCAUGGCCAAAUUGAGAAUUGGGAUCAUAUGGAACGGUUCUGGUCCUACUCGAUCUUCAAAUACCUACGGGUCGAGCCCGAAGACCAUUACUUCUUGCUUACGGAACCGCCUCUGAACCCUCCAGAGAACCGAGAGAAUACGGCGGAGAUUAUGUUUGAAUCGUUCAACUGCGCAGGGCUUUACAUCGCCGUCCAGGCCGUUCUUGCGCUGGCAGCCUCCUGGACAUCAUCCAAGGUUACCGAUCGAUCCCUGACCGGUACUGUCAUUGAUUCUGGCGACGGUGUUACCCACGUUAUCCCUGUCGCUGAGGGUUAUGUGAUCGGCUCUUCCAUCAAAAGCAUACCGAUUGCCGGUAGAGAUAUUACAUACUUCGUGCAGAGCUUGCUCCGAGACCGAGGAGAAGCUGACAGCAGCCUGAAGACGGCCGAAAAAGUCAAGGAGGAAUACUGUUAUGUCUGUCCGGAUAUUGUCAAGGAAUUUGCCCGUUACGACAGGGAGCCGGAUCGUUUCCUGAAGCAUACGGUUACGUCCCCCAACGGCCGGACCGUGACAAUUGACGUUGGGUAUGAAAGGUUCCUUGCUCCCGAGAUCUUCUUCAACCCAGAAAUCUAUUCCUCCGAUUUCUUGACGCCGCUUCCCAACGUGGUAGAUAGCGUUAUUCAAUCUUCCCCCAUUGACGUGCGACGAGGUUUGUACAAGAACAUCGUUCUCUCCGGAGGUUCGACAUUGUACAAGGACUUUGGCCGUCGCUUGCAGCGUGAUAUCCGACACCUAGUGGAUGCCCGCAUCCGUGCUUCGGAGGCCCGCAGCGGGGGGGCCAAGAGUGGCGGUCUUGAGGUGCAAGUCGUGACACACAAGCGGCAGAGACAUGGUCCUUGGUUCGGAGGCAGCUUGUUAGGCCAGACACCUGAGUUCCGGAGUUAUUGUCAUACAAAGGCGGAAUACGACGAGAUUGGACCCAGCAUCGUUCGGAGAUUUGCGCUGCUCGGUGGGCCCGGGAGCACUUAG